AUGGGCAAGCCGCCGCCAACACAGCCACCGCGGCAGCCGCAGCGACGUCGAGCGGGCUGGUUGCCCCCCGAAGCUGUGGACGACCCGGGCACGACGGCUCGUACUCUCCUCCGCUCACAACGACAACAACGGCAGCAGCAGCAACAACAACAUUCUUCUGAUCCCCUGCAACCGCAAGCGCUGCAUCCCAUUCAGCAACAGCACCCACAACAACACCCACAACAACACCCACAACAGCACCCGCAACAACAGGCGCAAGCGAUUCGGACAGGGCAUGGCGCGGACGCCCAGCACAUGCAGGCACUUGCCACCCUCACACAAUGGCUCAUGUCCCCGACCAGUGCCAAUCGGCCCAGCCCGCAGGCUGCGCUGGUUGCAUGCCAGCAACUGUCACAGCUGGCGAUCUUGCAGGGCGCGCUCCAACAGCAACAGCAGCAGCAGCAGCAGGGUAACGCAAAAGUUGCGAGUAGGGCUUCCACCCAAGUUGGCCAAGCCGGCAGAGCCACAAGCUCACAGCAACCGAUCCCACAGGCACACGGUGCUGUUGGUGUUGCCAGCAUGCCAUCGUUCGAUGCAUCCCCAUUUCUCGCAUGGCAGCAGCCGUCCCAGCCUCAGCAUCCUCAGCAGCACGGACGCCCGCCAGAGCAGGCACAGCAGCAGCAGCAGCAGCAGCAACAACAACAGCUGCAGCAGGUGUUGGAGGCACUGCUUGCACCACACGUGCAUCAUGAGCCCGAUGCACAAGGAAACCCGCCGCUGACGACGCCCAGCUUGGUCUCCUUCAUCCAAUCCCUGCCAGAACACCAGCAGCACCAGCACAAGCAGCACCAACAACAACGCCAGCACCAGCAGCACCAGCCCAACUCGGUUGCUGUCACGUCCGCUCCGGCUGUGGUUGAUGCGCAGGUGCAGCAGACACCGAUACCCGCUGCAUCGUUGGUGCGGUGGAGCACCAAUGGCAGUGCGCCUGUGCGCACCCCGCACCCGUCAUCAUCCUCCCCCUCUUCACUAGUCAACCCCCCUGCCACAGCGCAACAACAACCACAACAACAGUACCAGCAACGGCAGCACCAGCACCAGCACCAGCAGCAGCAGCAACAGCAAGCGCCUGCACCGUCAACGGCAACUGGGUUGGUUGGGGGCGGUCUUGCGCUAUCCACCGUGCCUGCAGGCAACGCCCAUCGUCAGGACCAGCUGCCGAACGACGCCUUGCUUGCGCUUCUUCAGUUUUUCUCCCCACAACAGACGCUGGAACAGCAGCAACAACAGCAUGUUGGGUGGCCGCAGCACGUGGGUGUGCCUGCACAACCCUCAGCCCAGGCGCACCCCAAUGCAGCACCAACACCACUCGCGCCCGUCAUGCCGUAUCUGUCCAGCACCAUGGAACCGCUGCCGCAGCCUGCUACUGCUGUGCCCACACGGUCACAGCGUAGGCAGCCCCGCCCAUCGAACCAAACAACGGAUACGGCAGGCACUGCGAGCGCCAGUGGCCGCAGCAGCAACACCAACAACACCAACAACACCAACAGUAGCGGGUUUGCGGGGAAGCAGCAGGGGAAGCGGCGUAUACACUCAACAAGCGCCGGGCUGCCUGACACCAAAGCGGCAUUCCUGUCAGCAGCUGAUGCUGACGAACAAGGGUUGCCCCGCGGCAGCCUUGCUGAAGCUGAUCUCGACGAAGGCAACAUUGCUCCACCGCCACAGCAACACCAGCAACAACUUCCGUUGCCCCUGCCGCUCCAUUUCCCAUGGCAGCUCCACCAGCAGCUGCAUGAACCGACGCUUGCUGGCGUUGCAGCAAGUACACCGCCCACGCAGUCAGCGCCGACUGAAGGGCGUACUGACACGAUGCAGGCCCUGGCACACGCAUUCCAUCAUGUCCAAGGCACCAGGACUGGCAACACUGACAACAACGGCAGCAUCGGCAGUGCUCUAGGGCUGGGUGUGCUUGAUGGUGAUGGUGGUGAUGGUGAUGGUGAUGGUGAUGGUGAUGGUGAUGGUGAUGGUGAUGGUGAUGACGGCGACGACAACAUGCGUCUGGCGCAUGCAUUGGAGGAUGGCGAGCUUAUGCUGCAGCAGAACGAUGGUGUUGGUGACGGCAAUGCAGGCCGUGUUGGUAAUGAUGAUGAUGUUGGUGUUGGCGGUGGUGAUGUUGGUGGUGGUGGUGGUGGUGGCGAUGGUGACAAUUAUGGCAUUGGUGAUUAUGACGACCACAUUGAUGGAAUCGAUGGCAUUGAUGGGAUCGAUGGCAUUGAUGGGAUCGAUGGCAUUGAUGGGAUUGACGGCGUCGGGGAUGGCGGUGAGUGCAACGAUGGCGUGCAUUGUCCUGGAGACCACCACAACCACACGCAAAGAAAACAAAGAAGGCGCAGGCGCCCUAGAAGACGCAGCACACGCCACACGCCUGGCACAACAGACGGUGAUGAGGGUACUGGUGAGGGUGAUGGUGUUGAGCAUAUUGAUGGUGACCAGCCACAGCAACGACGGCGGCAGCACGCGGGUGUUGGGCGGGCACGGACAGUUCGCGAAGGCUGGUUCUACAAGAACCAGUCCAAGCGCAUGCAGUGCCCCAUCUGCCAAGGACCCGGCAGGCGCUCCUACAACAGAGUGUGUCGUCUCUGCUACGGGGGUGUCUACAACGACAUUGGCAAAGUGCUACGAAACCAUCCCGAGUACACACCAGACACAGACCCAGACCUGCAAGCUUUCGUAUCACAUUUACAAUCGGUAUCUCGCGGAUGCACCAACAAUUACCGGUGUACACCCAACGCAUACAAAUACGACAAUGAGGACAACAAGUGCACCCGCUGUCGGUCCAUUGCCCUGACCCGCACAUGCCCCGCACUCGUCCGGCAACUGAUUGAGCGACAACGCGAACGGAAAGUGCUUCCAACGUCAGACUGA